AUGCACCGGUACUAUGGCCCCGGCAACCCGCUUCGAGAUGCUUCAUUCCACGCCAGCCGAUUGCGCGAUCCUCCACCACCCAUGGAGCUGAAAAGCGUGCAAGAUCUACUCAGGAUGCCUAAUGAGGAGAUGGACCGAUAUAUAUCCAAGUACUUCGAAUAUUAUGGAGACCUAGACAUCACCGCAGGCGGCGGCACAGAUGGCAUUCCCCAAAGGCACGUCGAUAGGCUUCAGGAGGAAAUUCGAGACUGCAAGAAACGACACGGGCGGCACAUCAGUAAAUGGUCCAUCGUCAUUCACGGUGGGCUACUGGGUCAGCUCGAUGAACGACUACAAGAGGUGGCAGACAAGGGCCAGAUUCCCACCUGGAAACCGCACACUGGUGUUAGCCCAUCGCCAGAGCCCGAAACCCCGAUGCUUUGGUGCCGCAAAGGGCUUUCGAAAGACAAGGAAAUCGAGAAAAGGCAACGCGCGUGGUACAUGGAAAACCGCAAUCGGCUGGAGGAAGACGGAGGUCACUCAUUUGUCCCCGUCAGUGUUCUGAGGGAGCUAAAGGGGAAAGAAGAAUUGCUUAUCCGCGUGCAAUGCUGGAGAUUUGCCUUGGGGAUCCCGAAAGACAGAUCAAGCGAUGUGUUCGAACAGCAAUUGGCCACCUGGGAAUUCUUCCGCAGAUGGCAGCGUUAUAACCGUGGCCUCCAGGACACGGGCGGGUUUGAGGAAUUCGCGAUCCAUUCCUGGCGCAAGAAUAGAUUCAUGGGAACAGAGGCAGACUACAACGAGUUUCUCGAAGACAUCAGGAGCGGCAGCCCUUCGGUUCUGCAAGAGGAAUGGAAGCAGGAGCAAACAUUACGGGCCCAGCUACAAGAACAUUGGCGAGAGGAUUGUGAAAGCUUCGACGACUACGGUGCCGCCGUGGAACGGCGAUUGGCUAAGCAUGGGAUUCAGAAGACUUUCAAGCCCAACAUCGAUGCCAGGAGCCAAGAUCCUGUCACGACAUGGAUUGAAUACCUAGGCCAUAUGUUCUGGGUCUUAGACGUCCACAAAGAGCACCUCGAGGAAAUGCUGGCUGAGAACGAGCUGUACAUCGCCACCUUGACCUUUGAGGACCGCAGCCUUGAUCGAGAUGACCCAGACUGGGAGGCCAAUCUACAAAAGGCCCAGAAGGGCCUCGACCAGGCCAAGGAGACCUGUCAAAGGUUCGCAGCCAGGGGUCGAUCAAAGGGGUCAAUCUUCUGGCAGCCUCACGAUUUGCAUCAGAUGAGGUCCAUGGCAGCCUGCACAGGGCUACUUACAGAAUUUAUCCAACUCGAGCUGCCUUCAGUUGAGAAAAACGCGCGGCCACCACAAAAGGGCCUCUCCACAGGAGCAUCUCUUGGCGGUGCUACCAACGCAGCGCAACAGAUUGCCGCUGCCGCCAUACAAGAGGGUCCAGAAGAUAGCACCUAUCAGCCUGCUCCGCCGCAGGACGUGGUGAGCACACAGCCCACCUCGCCGUUGGAUGUGUCAGGCAAUCCCACAUCCAAGAGCUUAAAGCGAAAGGGGUCCUUUUCAGAACAGAGCGAGCACAACACAAAGUCUCGGAAACGCUCCAGUGGUAACGGCUCCCAGCCAGCGCCGGCACCUCGUCGCAGUGAACGAAUCCCGGAGGUUCAGAGGAGACAGGCAGAGAAAACCCAGAAGGCCAAGGAGGAGGAAGCCAAGGAGGCCAAGAAAGAGGAGGAGGCCAAGAAGGCCAAGGCUGAGAAGAAGGCUAUGAAACUCCAGGUGGAGAGGGAGAAGAAGCAGGCCGCAAAGGCUGCAGAGGCGAAGGCUGCAAGGGCUGCAAGGGCAAAGGCUGCGAAGGCUGCGAAGGCUGCGAGGGUUUCGAAGGCUACAAACCCCAGACACACCCAACCAGCUCGGCGAAGCACUCGUGUCAGCAAGAGACCCGACCGCUUGGGCUUUUCAUAG